AUGGCGGCGCAGCGCGACCCGCUGAGCGGGUACCUGCCCCAGCCGCUCUCCGACCCGGGCUCCAACAGCGAGCGCAGCGCCGACUCGCCCGCGCCCGGUUCCGAGGAGGACUCGGCCGGGCCGCCGCGGCCCCUGCACAGCCCCGAGUGGGGCGAGGAGCGAUUCCGGGUGGACAGGAAGAAACUGGAGGCCAUGCUCCAAGCUGCUGCAGAGGGCAAAGGGAAAAGUGGGGAAGACUUUUUUCAGAAGAUUAUGGAAGAAACAAAUACACAGAUUGCUUGGCCAUCAAAGCUGAAGAUUGGAGCAAAAUCGAAAAAAGAUCCCCAUAUUAAAGUUUCUGGAAAAAAAGAAAACGUUAAAGAAGCGAAAGAGAAAAUCAUGUCUGUCUUGGACACAAAAAGCAAUCGGGUAACCUUGAAGAUGGAUGUUUCACAUACAGAACAUUCUCAUGUGAUAGGUAAAGGUGGCAAUAAUAUUAAAAAAGUGAUGGAGGAAACGGGAUGCCAUAUCCAUUUUCCAGACUCAAAUAGGAACAACCAAGCAGAGAAAAGCAACCAAGUGUCUAUUGCAGGACAGCCAGCUGGAGUGGAGUCUGCAAGAGUCAGAAUUCGGGAGCUGCUUCCAUUGGUACUCAUGUUUGAAUUGCCUAUUGCUGGAAUUCUCCAACCCAUCCCAGAUCCUAAUUCUCCGACCAUUCAGCACGUAUGUCAGACGUACAACAUUUCAGUUUCCUUCAAACAACGCUCUCGAAUGUAUGGUGCUACAGUCAUUGUCAGAGGGUCGCAAAACAACACUAGUGCUGUGAAGGAAGGAACAGCCAUGCUCUUGGAACACCUGGCUGGGAGCCUGGCCUCUGCAAUCCCUGUGAGCACACAGCUCGACAUCGCAGCGCAGCAUCAUCUCUUUAUGAUGGGUCGAAAUGGCAGCAACAUCAAACAUAUCAUGCAGAGGACUGGUGCUCAGAUCCACUUCCCUGACCCUAGUAACCCACAAAAGAAAUCCACUGUCUACCUCCAGGGCACAAUUGAGUCUGUCUGUCUUGCCAGGCAAUAUCUCAUGGGUUGCCUUCCCCUCGUGCUCAUGUUUGAUAUGAAGGAAGAAAUUGAAGUAGAACCACAGUUUAUAACACAGCUAAUGGAGCAGUUAGAUGUCUUCAUAAGCAUUAAGCCUAAGCCAAAACAACCAAGCAAGUCUGUGAUUGUAAAAAGUGUUGAACGAAAUGCCUUAAAUAUGUACGAGGCACGGAAAUGUCUCUUGGGACUUGAAAGUAGCGGAGUCACCAUAGUAUCAAAUCCCUCUACUGUCUCAUGCCCUGUUGGUCUGUCUUGUCCUGGUUUGGAUAUUUUGUCCUCAGCAGGACUAGGACUCACUGGGCUCGGCCUUUUAGGUCCAACAGCCCUGUCAGUCAACACCUCAACUACUCCAAACUCUCUGUUGAAUGCCCUUAAUAGCUCUGUGAGCCCUUUGCAGAGUCCAAGUUCAGGCACGCCCAGUCCCACAUUGUGGGCAACAUCCCUUGCUAACACAAACACCACAGGUUUUUCUGCUAUUCCACACCUAAUGAUACCAUCUACUGCCCAAGCAACCUUAACUAGCAUUCUCCUGUCUGGAGUGCCUCAUUAUGGUCAAAAUGCUCCUUCCCCACCACCAGGCUUGACUCCUGUUGAAGUCCACGUUAAUGGCAUGCAAUCAGAAAGCAAAAAAGGUUCACCUUCUUUAAAUGGUCACGUAAAGGCCUCAAAUAUCAAGUAUGCUGCACUGUCUGCCACAUCGCUGGGAGAAACCGUGUUGAGCACAAACCACAGUGAUGGAGUAAGGCAAACAAGUCCUCAUGGUGCCUCAGAACAAGUAGCUGCCAAGGCAAAUAGUGAAGAAGGUUGCAAUGAUGCUUUUGUAGAAGUGGGUAUGCCUCGGAGUCCGUCCCACUCAGCAAACACCAGUGACCUGAAGCAGAUGAUGAGCUCUUCCAAGCAGGCCUGUGCCAAGAGACAAACGGUGGAAUUACUGCAAGGCACCAAGAAUUCCCACUUACACAGCGCGGAGCGGCUGCUCUCGGAGGCAGAGCUGGGAGCCCCGGAGAGCCCCGUGGCUGAUAAGAAGGCCCCGGGCAGCGAGCGGGCGGCCGAGCGAGCGGCAGCCCAGCAGAACUCGGAGAGAGCGCGUCUGGCCCCGCAGCCCUCCUUUGUAAAUAUGCAGGCAUUUGACUAUGAACAGAAGAAACUACUGGCAACCAAAGCUAUGUUAAAGAAGCCAGUUGUAACAGAAGUGAGAACUCCAACAAAUACAUGGAGUGGUUUGGGGUUCUCUAAAUCAAUGCCUGCAGAAACUAUCAAGGAACUAAGAAGAGCGAAUCAUGUGUCGUACAAGCCUUCCAUGACAACCACAUAUGAGGGUUCAUCCAUGUCUCUGUCUCGGUCCAGCAGUCGGGAGCACCUGGGAAGUGGCAGUGAAUCUGAUAACUGGAGAGACCGGAAUGGGCUUGGACCCACUGCUCAUGAUUUUGUCUCCUCAAUUGGCAGCCCCAAAAGGAAACAAAACAAAUCAGCUGAGCACUAUCUCAGUAGCAGUAACUACAUGGACUGCAUUUCCUCGCUGACAGGAAGCAAUGGCUGUAGCCUCAACAGUUUGUUUAAGGGAUCUGAUCUGCCUGAACUCUUCAGCAAGCUUGGUCUGGGCAAAUACACAGAUGUAUUCCAGCAGCAAGAGAUUGAUCUGCAGACAUUCCUCACUCUUACUGAUCAAGAUUUGAAAGAGUUGGGAAUUACGACUUUUGGUGCCAGAAGAAAAAUGCUGCUUGCAAUUUCAGAACUGAACAAAAACCGAAGAAAGCUCUUUGACCCAUCAAACAUCCGUGCCUCGUUCCUGGAAGGUGGAGCCAGCGGGAGACUGCCGCGCCAGUAUCACUCGGACAUUGCCAGUGUCAGCGGGCGCUGGUAG